UGGUCAAAACUAAAAUGUUAUUUUGUUGUUAUCAAAACCAAUAUGAGCGAUCAAAACUUGUUAGAAAAUAAUAGUAAUUGAAUUUUCUGUUUUAUAUGAGGCAACAAAUUUUUUUUGGGGGUCAAAUCUGAGGCAACAAAUCUCUACAAAUCAAACUUGGUGAAUGAUGAAUUGGUACAUUCAUUUUUCUAAAUGGCAGUGGCCACCCCUAAAUUACCAAAUUUCCGUGAUAUAUAAUAAAGUAAAAUUUUAAAAUAAAGCGAAAAAGGCACAAGUGGGGACCCACUUGGUUGACGUUCCCUCCUCGUUUCUUCCCUUCACGUCUACCGAUGCUCGAAACCCACUUUUCUUCUUUAUAAUUCUUUUUUCCCGGUCAUUCAUUCAUUUUCUCUAACGUGCUGACCCAAAUCAGAUCUCGACUCUCAGUUUAUCAUUCGAUCUUCUCUUUGAGCUACGUAAGCUCUCUGAGUUUUGGUCAGAGAGGAUGUCAAAUCUUCAUACCAAUUUCAAUCAGAAGAUAGAUUAUGUGUUCAAAGUAGUCUUGAUUGGCGACUCUGCCGUUGGCAAAUCUCAGCUUCUCGCUAGGUUCUCUAGAAACGAGUUCAGCAUCGAGUCCAAAGCAACGAUCGGUGUCGAGUUUCAGACAAGAACACUUACCAUCGAUAAUAAAACUGUCAAAGCUCAAAUAUGGGACACUGCCGGUCAAGAACGGUACCGAGCGGUGACGAGUGCAUACUACAGAGGUGCAGUAGGGGCAAUGCUUGUGUACGACAUAACAAAACGACAGUCUUUUGAUCAUGUCGCGAGGUGGUUAGAAGAAUUGAGAGGACACGCAGACAAAAACAUUGUGAUCAUGCUUGUAGGAAACAAAACCGAUCUCGGCACACUUCGAGCUGUACCUACCGAGGAUGCGAAGGAGUUUGCACAAAGAGAAAACCUCUUCUUCAUGGAGACAUCAGCUCUGGAUUCCAUCAAUGUUGAGCCAUCUUUCCUCACGGUUCUGACUGAAAUCUACAGGAUAGUGAGCAAAAAGAAUCUUGUUGCUAAUGAGGAAGGAGAAUCUGGUGGUGACUCUUCACUCCUGCAAGGAACUAAGAUUGUUGUUCCUGGAGAAGAGGCUGAAGCUAAAGGAAAGAGAUGUUGUGGAACAUCGUAGAAUCAUUUUGUCUUUCUUUUGUGAUUUUAUUACCUCCUCCUCUGUUUUGACUGCAUAAUAAUGUGUCUACUUUGUAUCUAAGCUGUUGAUGAUAGAGUUGGAAGAGUUAAAACAUUAUACUCAACUGAGUGAUUCAGUUAAACAUACAAAUUGUUUGAUUAUGACAAAUGAAACUAAACCUUGUUACA